CAAAAAGUAAGGGCAGCCAAGUUGUCGGAAAUGAUCUCUAUCUCCUUAAACUGUGUGCGAGAAUUAAGACACAGAGCCUCAGAGACCGAGAGAGGAUCUAUUUCUGAGCUUAGGAUUUCCUGCUACUGCGUUUUCGUGAAUUCGAUUUUAUUUUUAUUUUCCUGUUAAUUUCUUUAGUUCCUCCUCAAUUCGAUCGAAGAUGGAGGAAGUCGAUCAUCUGGCUCCUGAAAGAAAUAAGGCUCAAUUCGAUGUUGAAGCUAUGAAGAUAGUCUGGGCUGGUUCUAAGCACGCACUCGAAGUCUCUGACAGAAUGGCUCGUCUUGUUGCUAGCGAUCCCGCUUUUGGCAAGGAUGACAGGACUAGGCUAAGUCGAAAAGAGUUAUUUAAAAACACUCUGAGGAAAGCGGCUUAUGCGUGGAAACGGAUCAUUGAGCUCCGUCUCACUGAAGAAGAGGCAUCCAGGCUGAGGUAUUAUAUAGACGAAACUGCUUAUACGGAUCUACACUGGGGCAUGUUUAUACCUGCUAUAAAAGGUCAGGGCACUGAGGAGCAGCAGAAGAAGUGGUUGCCCUUGGCUUAUAAGAUGCAGAUUAUUGGUUGCUAUGCACAAACAGAGCUUGGUCAUGGCUCCAAUGUUCAAGGACUUGAAACCACUGCCACAUUUGACCGCAAAACUGAUGAGUUUAUCCUUCACAGUCCAACCUUAACUUCAAGUAAAUGGUGGCCUGGGGGACUUGGUAAAGUUUCGACACAUGCAGUGAUAUAUUCCCGUCUUAUAAUAGAUGGUCAGGACUAUGGUGUGAAUGGUUUCAUUGUACAACUUCGAAGCUUAGAUGACCACUCACCUCUUCCGGGUAUCACUAUUGGUGAUAUUGGGACAAAGUUUGGAAAUGGAGGAUACAACAGUAUGGAUAAUGGUGUCUUACAGCUUGACCAUGUGCGCAUUCCUAGGGAUCAAAUGUUGAUGAGGGUUUCUCAGGUUACAAGAGAAGGCAAAUUUUUGAAGUCUGAUGUUCCCCGACAGCUAGCUUAUGGAACUAUGGUAUAUGUGCGCCAAGUAAUUGUGUCUGAUGCAUCCUCUGCUUUGUCACGAGCAGUUUGUAUUGCAACACGGUAUAGUGCUGUCCGAAGACAAUUUGGUUCUCAAGAUGGUGGGCCUGAGACCCAGGUGAUUGAUUACAAGACUCAGCAGAAUAGGCUAUUCCCUUUAUUGGCGUCUGCCUAUGCAUUCAGGUUUGUGGGUGAGUGGUUGAAGUGGUUGUAUACGGAUGUAACCCAGAGACUGCAAGCCAAUGAUUUCUCUACUUUGCCUGAGGCUCAUGCAUGCACUGCUGGUUUGAAGUCUCUGACUACUACUGCUACUGCUGAUGGAAUUGAAGAAUGUCGGAAACUGUGUGGUGGCCAUGGUUACCUAUGUAGCAGUGGGCUCCCUGAGUUGGUUGCUGUUUAUGCUCCUGCCUGUACAUAUGAAGGCGACAACAUUGUUCUUCUCUUACAGGUUGCUCGGUUUCUAAUGAAGACUGUCUCUCAGCUGGGGUCAGGGAAAAAGCCUGUAGGUACUACAGCUUAUAUGGGACAGGUGGAGCAUCUUAUGCACUGCCAGUGUGCUGUUCGGAGAGGUGAUUGUCAUUUGGAAUCUUCAGGUCUUCGAGUUAGUGGUCCUCAGGUCAUUUGA